UGACGAGCUUAAUUGGCUUUGCGCUAAAAUCGCGUGCGGACGUUUCAUAGAGAACGCGCUGAAUCGAAACGGGUGAAAACGGAAAAGUCGAAAAGCGUUGUAAAUUCAAUUCGAAACGCGUUGCUGCGUCCUGCGUCCACGUAAAUCGAAUACGAAAACGAAAACCACAAUCACAGACAGCCUUAAGAUGGCCUUAGUACCAGCUACAAACAACACGGAUUGGGAUUAUUGGGAUUAUCGUCGUCGCUUGUGGCGCGAUUGGGAUUUAGCUGCCGACUGGGAUUUGCCCUAUUGGAAGCGACUCUCGCGUGUCGGAUCCGCACCCGAUCUUAGCCGUGUUGUGGUGGGCAAGGAUGGCUUCGAGGCCAACGUCGAUGUGCAUCAGUUCAAGCCCUAUGAAAUCACAGUGAAGACAACGGGAGACACUGUUGUCGUGGAAGCCAAGCACGAGAAGCGUCGCGAUGGCGACAGUUUCGUGGGUCGACACAUUGUCAAACGUUUCGUCUUGCCCCGUGGAUAUUAUCCCAACGAUGUCCGAUCCGAGCUCUCCUCCGAUGGCAUUCUCACAGUUCGCUGUCCGCCGUAUCUGACGAAUGAGCGCAGCGUCUAUGUCCGUCAAGUGGGACCCUCGUAUCUGAGCAUCAAGAACAACUAACAAGAACACAACCGACAGACAACAAAGUCGCAAUCACAGCCAUAUUUAGUCAUUCAGAGUCCAGGUGGAGUCCAGUGCAUCAGUCAUUAUUGUGCGUUUCUGUUUUUAUUUUAGCACUCGAAACUCGAAAUUACAAUUUGUUUACAAAUUAAUUUAAUUAAUUUAAGUUACAUUUGAAUUAACUGAAUACCCUUUUGGACUUUUUUUCUGUAAUUAACCAAAACAUUUUGUAGUUAAAUAAAACAAAAAAGUUUAAUUUAUUAAAAACG